UAGUAGACAUGGCAGGAUGAGCAGGAAACGGAGCAGGAGCAGCAGUCGUCGUGCAUGGGAUCUCGUCGGUGAGGUUGACUUGCUGUCGAUACAUAAAAGGAUCACUACUGAGAACUUCUGGUCGGAUAACGUAUGGAGAGAGACGGCGACAAACACUUCGUUCGUUCUCGAUCAUGAUUACGCUGGAAAAUGUUCGACAAUCUACGAAGACACACGGCAAGCCAGUAGAAACGUCAAUCCCAGCGAUGAAAAAGCUUCCGUUGACAGCGUUCUGACGAUUGUCAGCGUUGAAGUUAACACAGAUGACAGUCUAAUGGAUCAAGACUUGCAGAAUAACGUGGACAUUUCGAGCAGCAAUGAAGAUCAAACGAAACAUGAAAGCUCAUUUGUCUUCAGCGAAAAUACGUCGCAUUCGUUUAUCGAACGUCGUGAAACUUCCACCACUUACACCACCGACGACAGCGGCAUUGAGAGUUGCGAUUCUACCUUCGCCGAAGAUUCUUCACUUAAAAAAACUGAUGAUCAAGUAGAUACGACAACCACAAUAAUCUCGAAGAAGAGAAAUUGCGCCACGAAGAGAAGUAGAGAGACGCUAAUUAGUGAAGAGUCACCUGUGAUCGAGGGUCAAUUUGAAUUAUCCCGAAGAGUUACUAGGCUUCAGCUGAAAUGUAACAAUGAAAAAUCUACCAAACCGACGGUCGACAAUGUUCCUGGAAAAAUUGUUUGGGGAUGCUUCAGCAGUGGAUGGUGGCCCGCAAUCAUAAUAAAAGCCGAAGAUGCAGGAAUGUUCGACAAUAAAGGCAAGAUAUGGGUUUACUGGAUUGGAGAAAAACUUAUAUCUCAGUUGCCUGAAAAAUGCGUAGAUUCUUUCUCUAAUGAAUUGGAAGCGCGAUUUACUAGUUUAUGCUCUACAGUUAAUUCAAAAAGUGCUUUCAGAAAGCAAAAGGAAGAUGCAUGUUCUAGAAUUAUUCAGUUGUUGCGAAAAGAAUUCCCUAACGGAGCACUCAUAAAGCCAUAUACUUCAUGGUUAAAAAUCAAUGUUUUACCUUACAAAGAUAAACUGGAUAAUUUACUUCUAUAUCCGUACCCAAAAAGCCUUGAAGAAAAACUAAACGAGCUAAAAACAGUGAAUUCUAAAAAGAACGAAAGAUACCUACGUCAGAUAAAAAAAGAACAAGACAAGGAAACGACAGAAGUGAAAAAUCCAACUCGAAAAGUUGAAAAGCCGGAAAAACCCGUGGAAGAGGGUGGAAUCGAUAUAAUGGAUCAGAAGCCAGGCAUGAUUGUUUGGGCAAAAAUCCAGGGAUACAGCUAUUGGCCUUGUGUUAUUAUGGAAUAUCAGCAUCUCAACAAGAGACAACCAAAUGUUGCUCACCAGUGGGUUAUGUGGUAUGGCGAUUACAAAUAUUCCCAAAUCGAGUACCAUCAUAUCCUUCAAUUUACGGCAGGUAUGAAGAAGAUGGAGUCUAAAAUACGAACUACAAAAGACGAAUUAUUUUGCAAAGCUGUGUUGCGAGCAUGCCAGGAUUAUGGUGAGCAAUUGGAGUACGUCACGGAUAAAUGGGAUAUCCCGUACGUUACUUAUCUAUUUUGCGUAUCGAGAGAACAAUUAAAAUUCAAAGAUGCAGCGUUGCAAGAAUAUCGUGGAGAAGAACUUUAUUCACCUACUAUUCAAAAGCAGUUGAGAAAGCAAGUGAAAAAUCAGCCCGUGGACGAAACCAGAAAACAACUGAUACUUGAAUGCAGAAACUUGAAACUUGUCUUUGCCAAGAAGUAUCCGUUAAAAUCAUUGUGUAUAUCGUGCUUAAAAUCCGAUGAAUAUCUGGAAGAGCAUCCAUUUUUCUAUGCAUCAUUGUGCAAUCCCUGUUUGGUAAUGCAUGAGGAUUUCAGGCCGAAAAUGUUUGCUUACGGAAACGACGCAAAAUGCUUUUACUGCAGUCUUUGCGGCGAUGAAGAUUUGAUAGCAAUGUGCGACAACGUAGACUGUCCAAGGGUAUUCUGCACAGCAUGUAUCAAAUACAUCAUCUGUCCUGAGUACUACGAGGAAGUUUUACUUCGACAUCCAUGGUACUGUUUUCUCUGCGAUCAAAAAUCAAUCGAGAUGAAAAGCAGCAUGAUGAAAGUGCGCAAAGAUUGGCAAGCUCGUUUAAUUAGUCUAUAUCGCAUCAAUUGUAGUGAUUUCGUUCCGUCGAAUUUACAACGACUUGGUUGUAAUAGAAAAAUUCGAGUUUUGUCGUUAUUUGAUGGUAUUGGCACUGGAUUACUGGUUCUAAAGAAUCUAAAAAUCGACAUCGACUGUUACUAUGCGAGCGAGAUUGAUCCCGAUUCGAUACAGGUUAGCUUUUUCAAUUACGGCCACGAAAUAAUACAGUUAGGUGAUGUAAGAAACAUCGACGACAAGAAGAUCAAAGAAAUCGCGCCUAUCGAUUUACUCAUCGGUGGAUCGCCGUGCAAUGAAUUAAGCUUAGCUAAUCCAAAAAGGCGUGGUUUAGAUGAUCCUGAAGGUACGGGGGUUCUUUUUUAUGACUACGUGAGAAUAAAGAAAAUUCUUAUCAAGUACAACAAAAAACGUCAUUUGUUUUGGUUGUUUGAGAAUGUAGCUUCAAUGCCCAAAAAAUUUAAAAAUCAAAUAAGCGAAAAUUUAGGACGAGAGCCAUUAUUUUUAGACUCAGCCGAUUUCUCAGCGCAACAUAGACCAAGACUCUAUUGGGGUAAUUUGCCAUGGGGUCCUUAUCAGGUGAAUAAUGUGAUUCUGCAAGACAUAUUGAGAAAACAGUGCAAGCGCCAGGCACUUGUAAAAAAAAUAAUGACCGUAACCACGAGGAUGAAUUCACUGAAUCAAACGAAAGAAAACUUGAAACCAGUGCUGAUGAACGGAAAGAAGGACAUGUUAUGGGUGACCGAGCUUGAGGAAAUAUUUGGUUUUCCUAUUCAUUACACGGAUGCUAAUCUGCAGAAAACUCGUAGACUGCAACUUAUCGGGAAAGCUUGGAGCGUACAAACUCUCGUUGCAAUUCUUCGCCCCCUGUUCUACUUUUGAUUGUUCUUAAGAUUUUUCAUUUAAACAAUAUUUUUAGUGUGCCAAUUUUUACAGUUUAGAUGAUAUUUAUGAAUAAUUUACAUAUAUUCAUUUACAUAUAUUACAUAUAUUGUGUGUAAACAAUUUUUAAUAUUAUAUUCUACUUGUACGUCGUUUAGCAUUUUUAGCAAAUCAAAAAAUUCAUAGAAUAAGCCAUUGUUUUUAAAUAUAUAUGAA